GUGUGGGCUGGACUCAGAGGGAGGAAGUAGUGGAAGUGGGUGUGGUUAGAGGAGGUCUAGUGCGGAUGAAUAGAGGAAUAUGCGUGUAAAUGAGGACACCGUGCUGAGAGGGCAGCGGGUGAUUUUAGUACCCUAUGAGCCUCACCAUGUUGUCAGGUACCAUGAGUGGAUGAAGUCGGAGGAACUCCAGAAACUUACAGCAUCAGAGCCCCUGACCCUGGAGCAGGAAUAUGAUAUGCAGCGCAGCUGGAGAGAGGAUAAUGAUAAGUGUACCUUCAUCAUACUGGAUGCUGAGAGAUGGGAUCAGGGAUGCCUAGAAGAGCAGUGCAUGGUGGGAGAUGUUAAUUUGUUCAUCUCUGAUCCUGAAAACCCGACAUUAGCAGAGAUUGAAAUUAUGAUUGCAGAGCCCACGUGUCGUGGCAAGGGGUUUGGUGAAGAGUCUACAAGGCUCAUGUUAUUCUAUGGUAUUUCUUAUUUGGGCAUCUCUACAUUUCAAGCCAAAAUAGGUCAGGAUAACAUGAGGAGUGUUCAACUAUUCAACAAACUGCAUUUUGAGGAGGUAUCUUUUAGCUCAGUAUUCCAGGAGCUCACUCUGCAGUGGAAAGUAUCAGAUAAAGAAAGGCAGCAGCUUCUGGCCGAUUUUACAGUGACAUCAUACAGGAAUCUGAAAGUGCCACAAAAUCAGGAAAGAAAUAACAUGCACUAGAUAUGCAACCUUUUUAAUGAAAUGUUUCCCUUGAAGAAAAGCUCUGACAUGGGUGAAUAAGUGACGCUGGUUUGAAUUCUGUUGGGAGAUUGAAAACCUCUCGCCGUGUGAUCUGCUGUGUACCAAACUGAGAGAAGUUUCCUGUAUGAAACAAAGAUGAAGAAAGACAAUAUUAAUUACCAGGAGACAAUGUUUUACGGUUUAUAUAAAUAUGUUUUAUAUUUUAUUCUAUAUAUUGAAUAUUACGUGCCUAUAACUGUUAAUAUUGUUGUACAAAAAUAAAAUAAAGAGAAAGAG